AUUACGCGCCAAGAGCAAAAGGAUAAUAUAAUAAACAAAAUUGAAAGCAAAUUAGGAAUAUUUUUGUGGCUGAAAAUUAGGAAGCCAUUGUAAUGGAAGCUGUUGUAGGAAGUUCUCCUUCUCCUUCAUUGACCAUCACUAGAAGAAACUCCACUAUUGCUUUUAAGGUGCUUUCGUGGAAUUCUCUGUACAGUAGAGGUAAUAACUCUCGACUAUAUCAUCCUAUGUUGCGUCUGAAAAGAAGUGGCAAUGACAACUCUGGGAGUUGCUCUCCUUUAUGCUACAUUGAGCAAAUGUUCAGUAACAGUACAUUUUCUCAGCCAAUCUGGAGGCAUAGCAAGAUAUUCAUAGAUAAACAAAGUUUGUUGGUUAUACUAACUUCUCUGCUAAGAAAAUUCAAAACCAGUAUCCACAAAACCGUAAAGCAUUCGGAAAUAUUCAAGAGUAUAGUACCUGAUAUAUUUUUGUUUGGUCCUGCAUUGGGCUAAUGCUGGUUAUGGCAGUUAAUGGUGCUGUUAUCAAGGCUCCCAUUUUAAUAGUUCUCGCGCAUACCUCGACUAAUUUCAAUACCUGCCACCUCCCACCUGUCAGGCAGCAACAAUACUAGUAAGUUUUCUUCUUUUUUGAUAGUGUCCAGGUCAGCUUUUGCUCACCUCGACUAAAUCCAGGUAUACCUGUCAAAUACCACCAGCAACAGAUAUAUCAGGUAACUCUAUCCGCCAAAACUAAAACAAA